AUGAAGCGCAUAGAAUGGUUCAAUGCAUUCAUCGGCAUUUCCAUGUUCGAGCGACACGUGAACUUAAUUAACUUUCGUUACCUGUACGGAUUGGCUACUUUGAGCAUAUUUUUCUAUUUCGUUAGUGAAACUAUCUUUUAUUAUCGAGAUAAUGUUGAGAGUAUUCUCUUGAGUGUAACAACGAUUGGAUUCGCACUACAGAUGGUGUCUAAACAAUAUACUUACGCUUUGAAAAGGAACCGGAUUGUGGAGAUUCAUGAGAUGAAUUUGGAGUAUUUAAACUUUGAUGUAAUUCAGGAUCCUAUGAUACAACUGGCCAUUAGAAACAGUGCGGGUUUGGCACAUAUAUUAAUUAAAAUGACUCUGGUUGGCUACAUUGUUCUAGUCAUCCUAAUUGCUACGGUGCCUGUUAUAUUUGGGUUCAUUAUGGGUGAAGUACUAUUACCCUUUGGUUUCGAAAUAAUUCACUCAACUUCCUGGACGGCAUUCUGGAUAAAUUAUAGUUUUCAAUUGAGUUGCACCUAUUUUACGGGGCUUGUAUCGUCCAGCUCUGAUUCGUUGUUUAUUUUAAAUGUUUUUACUGCUUGCGAGCAAAUUGAUGCUAUUUUGAGUUUACUGGCAGAACUAGGCCGUAUGGCAAAAACCGAUGUUGGUGAUCAUCUAGUUUCCGAUCAAUUGACAAAAAUUCUUCGCCUACACCAGCAUCAUCAGCAGUACAUGAGAAAAUUAGAGGAUGUGUUCGAUUGCUACUUUUUGAUUGCAAUUGCAAUGCUUUGCUUUUGUAUGUCCAUUAGUCUAGCGGCUUUUACACUGAUUGAUUGGUACAUUGGUCUGGCAGUGUUCUGCUUUUCUUCAGCACAGAUUUUUUACAUGUGCUUCUUGGGAACUCAUUUAGGAUCAAAGGUAAAUCUUACAACUCAUUUAGGAUCAAAGAGCUCAUAG